AGGUGCGGAGUUGGCUGUGGCUGGCGGACGGCUCCGGGCGCGGCCGAGGCUGAGGCGGGUGCUUGCCGGCGGGUUUCCUCAGGCUCUGCACCCAGCCGGGCUGCUCUCUCGGUGCCGCGCCGUGUGCCGAGCUGUAAGGAAAUGCGUGCCUGGGACGACCUCCCUCUGUUCCCAAAACUUCUUCCCUCCUGGGUACCGGGCGUUGUGGCCGGCUUUGCCUCCUUGCAUCUCAUCCAGAAACUUCUCUUCCCCUACUUUUGGGCUGAUCUGAGAUACUUGCUGAAGGUAUUGCUUUACGGGCUGAGAGUGGAGAGCUACAGGCAGAGAGGGAAGAUUGUCACCGUGCUGGACAAGUUUGUGAAGCUGGCUGAGAAGCAGCCCCACAAGGCAUUCCUCAUCUACGAUGGGAAGGUGCUCUCCUACCGGGAUGUGGACAGGCGCAGCAACAGGGUAGCGCAGGUCUUCCUUCACCACGGCACUCUGAAGAAGGGUGACACGGUGGCCCUGCUGAUGGGCAAUGAGCCCGACUUCAUCCACGUGUGGUUUGGACUGGCCAAGCUGGGAUGUGUGGUGGCUUUCCUCAACUUCAAUGUCCGCUCCAGGUCUCUCCUGCAUUGUCUCACUAGCUGUGAACCCAAGAUACUGAUUGUGGGAGCAGAUUUGCUUGGAACUUUAGAAGAAAUUCUUCCUAACCUCCAGAAAGACAUCAGUGUUUGGGUCAUGACCAAGGAUUCCACUUUUCCAAGUGUGCAUAGCCUUUUAGACAAAAUGGAGGCUGCAUCCGAAGACCCUGUUCCAGUUAGUCGACGCUCUGCCAGCAACCUCAAAUCUUCUGUUUUAUAUAUAUUUACUUCAGGAACAACAGGUCUUCCAAAGGCCGCAGUCAUCAGUCACAUGCAAGUUCUUAAAGGAGCUGCUGGACUCUGGGCUUUUGGUGCUACUGCAGAAGACAUCAUUUAUAUUACUCUGCCUCUUUAUCACAGUGCAGCAUCUCUUCUUGGUAUUGGUGGAUGCAUUGAAUUAGGCGCAACGUGUGUCUUAAGAAAGAAGUUCUCAGCUAGUCAGUUCUGGAGUGACUGCAAAAAGUACAAUGUGACUGUCAUUCAGUACAUUGGAGAACUUUGCCGCUACCUUUGCAGCCAACCAGUGAAAGAUGGAGAGAAAAAUCACAAAGUCAGACUAGCAGUUGGAAAUGGAGUAAGAAAUGAUGUAUGGAGAGAAUUCUUAAACAGAUUUGGUGCUGUUAAGAUCUGUGAGUUUUAUGGCGCUACUGAAGGAAACAUUUGUUUCAUGAACCACACAGGAAAAAUUGGAUCUGUUGGACGCACCAAUUUCUUUUAUAAGCUUUUUUUUCCAUUUGAUUUAAUCAAGUAUGAUUUCCAGAAAGAUGAACCAAUUAGAAAUAAGCAUGGUUGGUGUGAGAAAGUUAAGAAAGGUGAGGCUGGUCUUCUCAUUUCCCAAGUGAAUGCAAAGAACCCCUUCUUCGGCUAUGCUGGCAAUAAGAGACACACAGAAAAGAAAUUACUCAGUGAGGUAUUUAAGAAGGGUGAUCUUUAUUUUAAUACUGGAGACCUAAUGGUUCAAGACCAUGAGAAUUUCCUGUACUUUUGGGACAGGAUUGGAGAUACCUUCAGAUGGAAAGGGGAGAAUGUUGCAACAACUGAGGUUUCUGAUGUCAUUGUUAUGUUGGACUUCAUACAAGAAGCUAAUGUGUAUGGUGUAUCAGUGCCAGAUCAUGAAGGAAAAGCUGGAAUGGCCUCUCUUAUUUUAAAGCAGAAUAGAGCAAUGGACCUGGAGCAAAUGUAUAAGCAAGUGGUGACAUAUCUCCCAGGUUAUGCCUGUCCUCUUUUUUUAAGAGUCCAGGAAACAAUGGAAAUGACUGGAACUUUCAAACAACAAAAAUUUAGAUUAGUGGAUGAAGGUUUUAAUCCAUCUACAAUUACAGAUCCUCUUUAUUUUUUAGAUAAUUCCAAGCAAGCAUAUAUCUUGUUAACCAAAGAAGUGUAUGAGAGGAUCUUAUCUGGUCAAAUCAAACUUUAAUUAAUCUAAUGAAAAGCUAUUAAGAGAUAGUUUCUAUGAGCUACUAUGUGAGAAGCAGUAAAAAUUAUUACCAAUAUUUAUAUGUUGUUAUGUAGAAUAAUUUUUUAUGUAGUUCAUAUUUUUUUCAAAUGUGUCUUGUAUCUUUCCUCACUUAUCUUAGUUCACUAAUAAUUUGCUACCACUUGAGAUCAAAUACAAGUAAAGAACCUGUAAAACAAAAAUGAAAUCUUUUUAAUCUUAAUUUUGGAAUGUAAGUACUGAAUCUGAUAGCUUUUCUUAGUGCUAAAGGAACAUGAAUGAUACACAGUAAAAACAGGUCAAACAUAACAAAAAUGUAGUGACAGAAGCUGUUAUUAAUUCUAUGCAGGCAAAAUAUGCCAGCAACAUAUUUUAAAUGUGUCUAGCAUAUCUAAUAUAUACUUACAGAUAUGUGUUUUACAAAAUCUAGACUUGAAAGAGGUUGGAAGAAAAGUCUUACAUGGAGGACUUGUAAUGGAACAUAAAACAAAAGGGGAUGAAACAGAAGAAAGCCCUCCAAACAAACUUGAAAUUAAAAAAUUUAUACAAACAUCACUACUGAGCCUGCUAGUCCAUACUCUUCCAUGUAUAAAACUGACUCUUAAGAGAAUCAAAGUAUGAUUGAUAUGAUGUGUGAUGAUAUGUUGUGAAAUGUUUGGCAACAGAUCAAAAGUAGAUAAUUUCCACACUUAAUGGGAAAAAAUCACUCAUGUAGCAUAAGAAGAAUGAUUUAAGUGCUCUAUGUUACACAUAUUGACUAACAAUAUAAAAAUAUAAAGAGUAAAUACAAAAAUACAAAAACGGCCUCUUUACUCUCACUAAUGUCUACCAGAGAUUAUUAUUUCAUGAAUCUGAAAUACUGCAGAUUAUUAAAAAAAAAUCUUAAUCAUAUAUUCUCAUACACUUUUUUUACAAAAUUAAAAAAAUAAAAGAUUAUUUUAACAAAUUUUGUAUUGUCUGUUUAAGAAUGAUUACUUAGGUACUUUCUAAUAGUAUGUUUUAAAUACUUUUUAAUAGUUUAUUUUAAUAGUAUGUUUCAAUACACUCUUCAAAUAGUAAAAAUAAUGGGACAGUAUUGUCCUGUAAUGGAUUGUGGUGCCAGCUUUGAUCAGUGGCCAUAACAGUCAGAAACAGGAAAUUCUGCAAGAAUAAUUCUGCUCAAUGGUAGUCAUCAUAAGUCACUUCUCCAUAACUACCAUGGCAUUGAAACAGGCUGUUCUAACUAGGAUAUAACAUGCUUAGAACUUCAACUUUCUUUCUUUCUUCUUUGUUAAUUAAAUAAAGACAUAAGAAAUUGUGUCUA